CUGUGCAGCAGUCUGUGAGAGAAAGGAGAGGGGAGGCAGGAGGGCUUUUUCCUUUUUUCCUCCUUUUCGUUUUUUCUUUUUUUUUUUCUGGUCGGUUUUAGUUGGAAAGACAUGAGUCGCAGUUUAUUGAGAAGGGCAGGUAUCCGGCAGAGCCAGCCAAAGUUUUUCACCGUGUAGACGAACGGGAUCUGUGCGUCGCAAAGGGAUUAUAAUCUCAAAAUACCAGCAGCCAUGGAUGUCAGGGGAAACUCGGAGGUGAACGGGUGGUUUGCAGACGAACAUGACUGCCAACAAGAGUUCAAAGGCUGCACCUCGUGCAGCAGGAGGUAAAGCUCCUCGGGACGUCCCUGACAGGUGCCAGUCUACAUCACCGUGUCCCGCUCUCUCUGCCAGCCAGCGGCAGAGCCAGCAGCCGCUCCUCAGCGACAGUGAGAACUCUGGCAAGCAGAGCAGGUACGUCAGAACUGACGGCAGGUUUCUGCUGCGUGGUGGAUGGAAUAACAAGACAGCUAGCCUGUGCAGCGGUGCAUCUCUCACAAGCGAGCCUGACUGCCAGGGGCGUUUAACCAAGUCAAAGAGCAUCAGCUGCCUGGAGAACAGGCUUUCCAUCUAUAAGCCUCCAGCUCAAACCAAGUCCUGUCAGGAAAGUCAGGGCGCCCAGGAGCAGAAGGAGAAACAAGGGGAUCUCGCUCCAGGAGAUGGACUUAAUGGUAGGACACUGAGCUGGAGCACGCUCUCAUUGGGACCUUCCUCUUACCAAGGCCACAAGCGCGCCCUUUCUCUCUCCUCUUCAGCAACAGGUGUCCCCCCUGCCACAAUCCGCAAGAAGAUCUCAGAAUGGGAGUGCAGAAGGGUGUCUCUGCCUAGGAUGAGCUUGUGUCUGGACAAAAGAGGAGGAGGAGAGCGCAUAGGGAGUAGCGAGGGCUGCCCGAGCCUGCUGUCUUCUCCCUGCAGCGAGAAGACUUUUGACUUUAAGGGGGUUCGCAGGAUGAGCACGGCAUUCUCUGAAUGCUCCUUCACAGAGACGGAGGAGGAGGAAGGAUUUCCAGACAAAAAUGGACGUUUCCAGAAAAGGAUCGGCAAGACAGACUCUACGGGACCGUUCGUGCGCUCCCUGUCUACUCGCAAAGAGACGUCAGCGGUCCUCAACAGGAUACAAAAGAUCGAGCAAGCCCUGAAGGAGAAUCCCAGCCCGCCCCCUCCACGUUACCUGAGUAACUGCUACGCGCCGGAUAAGACGAGACAAAAGUCCUUUGUGAUAGGGGACGACCUGGACAGCACAUGUACCAGUAAGCGCAGCAGCAUUUGUUCAGUGAACACUGAACCGGAUACCGCUUUGGUGCCCGACAAGCUCUCUAAACUCAGACAAAGGUUUAGUGUGAGCUCAGCCAGGUCCGAGAGCCCAGAACCACCGAGCCAAAAGAACUCUGUUAGCACACCAGUCAACCCCUUACCUAAACCCAAACGCACUUUUGAAUACGACGCCAAUCGAGACCAGAAGGGUGCAUCGUCGACCAAUGGACUACCUCCAGACAGAGCCUCCGAGUCUCCGCCGCCGCUGCCCUCGACCCCUGCGCCCAGCACGACACGAACGGCAAAGACCGAAGGAAGCGCCCCCAUCAGAAUCCAGGACAGAGAGUCGUGUGAGUCAGAGGAUGCUGCCAGCUUGCCGUCUUCAUAUCCGUCCUCGCCCACGGAGAAUGGCGCACUGACCACAGACGCACGGAGCCGACCCAAUUCCAAAAGCACUUUAGAGGAGAAUGCCUAUGAGGACAUAGUAGAGAAGGAGAAUCCAUAUGAGGACGUCGACCUGAAGCGGCGGAGUUUGGGCCGGACGUCUCGUCUUUUGGAGAACAACCGCUCUUGGUCCGUCAUGGACAGGAAGCUGAACUCUCCGCCUCAGCUGCCUUCCAAACCCAGUAGUCAGUCCCUUCACUUGCCUGCUCCGAGCGACAGGAAAAGCCAUCGGAUGUCGCAGCUGACCAAACGCUACAGCCACGACGAAAUGCUGCUUCUCCCCCAGAUAGGUGUAUCACCUUCACCUUGCGGCCUGCUGGAUGAUAGCCUCUGUAGCACAACCGAUACCCUGGCCUCACACAGGCACUGGAGGAUCCCCAAGCUGGUCCAGAGGAUCAACUCCAUUUACUGCACUAAACGUGGGAAGAAGAGGUUGAAGAAGCUUUCCAUGUCCAAUGUUGAGACUGCAUCUCUGAGAGACGACAACAGCGAGAGUGAGAGCGACUCAGACGACCGGUUCAAAGCUCACACCCAGAGGUUAUUAAAGUUACAGUCCAUCCUGCGACGAGCCCCGAGCUAUCGAACACUGGAGCUGCAGCUCAUCGAGUGGCAGGAGAGGGAACUCUUUGAGUACUUUGUGGUUGUUUCUCUGAAAAAGAAACCCAGCAAGAACUCCUACUCCCCAGAGGUCACCUACCAAUUCCCCAAGCUGGAUAGGCCCACCAAGCAGAUGAGGGAGGCAGAACAGAGGCUCAAAGCCAUUCCCCAGUUCUGUUUCCCAGAUGCCAAAGACUGGAGUCCGGUCUCAGAGUACAACAGCGAGACCUUCUCCUUCAUGUUGACUGGGGAGGACGGCAGCAGGAGGUUUGGGUACUGCAGGCGCCUGCUGCCGACUGGGAAAGGACCUCGCCUUCCUGAGGUGUACUGUGUCAUCAGCAGGCUGGGCUGUUUUGACUUGUUCUCUACAAUCCUGGAUGAGGUAGAGAGACGGAGAGGCAUCUCAGCAGCUCUGGUCUAUCCCUUCAUGAGGAGUCUGAUGGAGUCCCCCUUUCCUGCUCCAGGGAAGAUCAUCAAAGUAAAAACCUUCCUUCCCGGUGCAGGAAAUGAGGUCAUUGAGUUGAGGCGGCCCACCGAUUCCCGACUGGAGCACGUGGACUUUGAAAGUCUGUUCAAAUGUCUCAGCGUGCGGCAGGUGAUUCGCGUCUUUGCCUCGCUGCUGCUGGAGCGGAGAGUCAUCUUUGUGGCUGAUAAACUCAGCACCCUGUCCAGCUGCAUGCAUGCUGUGGUGGCGCUCCUCUACCCCUUCUCCUGGCAACACACCUUCAUCCCGGUGCUGCCAGGGUCCAUGCUGGAUAUCGUCUGCUGUCCCACUCCCUUCCUGGUGGGGCUGCUAUCCAGCUCGAUGCCUAAACUCAAAGAGCUGCCUGUAGAAGAGGCUUUAUUGGUCGACCUGGAAACUGACCGCUUCAUUAGACAGAUGGAUGACGAGGCAUCGCUGUUGCCGCGGAAACUUCAAGCAGCUCUCGAGCAAGCGCUGGAGCAGCGGAAUGACAUCAUCAAUCAGGACUCAGACAGCGAGUCAGACGAAGAGUAUAACUCCCUGAACAGCCUGGUGUCAGAGGCGUUCAUCCGCUUCUUCCUGGAGACUAUUGGACAUUACUCCCUGUUUAUCACUCAGAAUGAGCGCGGGGAGCGCAUUUUCCAAAGAGAGGCCUUCCGCAAAUCAGUGGCAUCGAAGAGCAUCCGCCGUUUCCUGGGAGUCUUCAUGGAGUCUCAGAUGUUUGCAGGGUUCAUCCAAGACCGGGAGCUCAGAAAGACACGAGCUAAAGGUCUGUUUGAGCAGCGGGUAGAUCAAUAUUUGGAGGAGCUGCCAGACACAGAGCAGAGUGGAGUCAACAAGUUCCUCAGAGGCCUUGGAAGUAAAAUGAAGUUUCUCCACAAAAAGAACUGAGGAGAAGACCUGAUCUUUCAAGUCUCUGCGUCAAGACGACUCCCAUUUUCCUCCUUUGUUUUGUUUUAAAUGUUCUAAAAGCAUGUACAUAUUAUUUCACUGUAAGCUGUGAUACUCUUCAGCCUAUGUUUAUAGUAUGAGAUAACAAUAGCAGGACGGUACACAGCAAGUGAGUCGUAGAGUAACCACUGAUGUCUAGUCGUGCUUGUGAAGAGUGUUAUCGGAGUGUGUGAGUGUAUGUGACUUGAAAUGGGUUGCAGGUGGGCGUAGAUGUACAGAUAUGUUUUACUUUUUGCAUUAUUUUACGACAGUGUUUUUCUCUGUUUGACCUAAAGCUUAUUCAAAAACUGUACAUGCAAUACAAUGAAGAAAAUGGUUUGAAAUCUUCCUGGAGAUUUUUACAGUCUUUUAUUAAAAGUGAUCAUUAAAAUUGUUUCAGUGCCCGA